GGAAUUGAAAUCUCAUGCCACGUGUUUAUUUCUUAGUAUGGCACCUACGUACUUAAAUCUCUCUUGUUCAUAGUCCGAAACUGUGUAUAUAAAUAGAUCACACACAUAAACCUCAACGAUCGGUACAAAUCGAAACAGCAAUAAUGGAGAAGAAAACAGUUGCUGGAUUCUGCAUCUUCUUCCUCGUUCUCUUUCUUGCUCAGGAGGGAGUGGUGAAAACAGAGGCAAAGCUAUGCAACCACCUGGCAGAUACAUACAGAGGACCAUGCUUUACCAAUGCAAGCUGCGAUGAUCAUUGCAAGAACAAAGAGCACUUUGUUAGUGGAACCUGCAUGAAAAUGGCGUGUUGGUGUGCUCACAACUGUUGAUGUAAUAAUAUACUUAGAGUAAUUAAAUAAUGAUAUGAAUGAUACUCUGUAUGUUGUCAUCAUAUCUAUCCCUUAUAAUUAAUAAUAUGGAUGAUAUGAUAUGAGUUAUCAUAUUAUAUGUA